AUGUCGCCAUCCGCCGUGUCGUCGAAUGAGACCAUGGACUCUGUCGUCCAUGAGGUCCAGAACGCCUACCAGUCGGCGCGGCUGCAGUACGUCAAAAUUGACGAGGCCGACGAGCACAUCAAGGCCUUUAUCCCCCAGGUCGAGAACGACCCCGUGAUCCAGGCACUGUCGUCGCCGGACCUGCUGCGGCCCAAGGGAAAGAAGGACCUGGACUGGUAUGCCGAGCAGCAGGCCAAGGCCUUUCUGGGCGUCGCCAUCUGUCUGCUCCCUGCCGAGGAGGCCAAGGCGCAGGCAAAGGUCGAGACCGAGGCCGGAACAAAGCAGCCGACAAUCAUCGGCACCAUGUGCCUGGGCUGGGGCGGCAUCGCGCCGGCCAUGGCGCACCACCGGACGGCGGCCAUCGGCAUCACGCUCGGGAGCGGCUAUCUCAACAAGGGGUACGGGCGCGAGGCCAUCAACUGGGUUCUCGACUGGGGUUUCAAGCACGGAGGCCUGCACACCAUCAACCUUGCCACCUACUCGUACAACGAGCGGGCGGCCCAUCUGUACCAGGACAUGGGGUUCCGGCUCGAGGGCAGGAAGAAGGAGGUGGCGUGGUUCAACAGGAAGUGGUACGACGAGCUGUGGUAUGGCAUGACGGAGCACGAGUGGGAGAAGCUGAGGGGGUACAGCUGA